AAAUAGUGUUGCUUGCAACUGCUCACUUCAAAGAAAGCACUACCAGGAGCAGUGAAAGGAACCAACAUGCACAUGUUCAUACUUCUUUUCUGUUUUAAUUUUUCACUUUCAGCUUCAUUUUAUUUCCACUCAGAGGAACGAGAGGAGAAAUGUAUAAUACAAGACAUUCCAAGUGAAACACUGAUCACAGGGACUUUCAAGAUACAGCAGUGGGACCUAGACAGACAUGAUUUUCUUGAAGCUGCUCCUGGUUUGGGAAUGUUUGUGACUAUUACAUCGUAUAUGGAGGAGGUAUUAUUCUCAAAGUUAUUUGGCUCACAAGGGACAUUCUAUUUUACUUCAUAUUCACCUGGAGAACAUAUCAUUUGUUUAGAGUCUAAUUCUACAAGGCUUAUGUCAUUUGGUGGGAGUCGGCUGCGUAUCCACUUAGAUAUUCGAGUUGGAGAACAUGACCUUGAUGCAGCAAUUGCUCAGGCAAAGGACAAAGUUAAUGAAGUUACCUUCAAGCUUGAACAUCUAAUUGAACAAAUUGAGCAAAUACUCAAAGAACAAAACUAUCAAAGGGACCGAGAAGAAAACUUUCGGACGACCAGUGAAGAUACAAAUGGCAAUGUUUUAUGGUGGGCUUUAGCACAAACGUUCAUCUUUAUUUCAGUUGGAAUUUUCCAAAUGAAAUACCUUAAAGAUUUCUUCAUAGCUAAAAAACUUGUUUAGAAUAUUAUCAAUAGAGACAAAUAAUUUGCAUAAUGUUUGAAUAAACCAAAAUAAAUGCACAAAUGUGCAUCACUUUUAUGAUUUUGAAAUAUCAGAGGUUGAAAUUAAUGUUAUAGAGUUGCAACACUGAUAAAAUGUUACAUCAAAAAUGUAGUUUCUGGGCUGGGCGUGGUGGGCACAAUCCUAGCACUCAGUAGGCUGAGGCAGGAGGAUUGUGGUGAGCUCAAGGCCAGCCUGAA